AUGUAUGUGAAAUGGUUUGAUACAGUAAUGUUUUACUAUGUUAUUUUAGUGAAUUUAGUGAAUGUCACUUUGUCAUUUUCAAAUUUGACACCAGUUCCAUCCCCGUACGUCCUGACACUCGCAGGGGACGGAACCCAGAUGACAGAUGUCGGCAUCCGCCGGAGGACAUUACAGGGGACACUGCAGGAGGGACAUCGUGGGAGCGCAGGACAAGGUAAGUGAUCGAGGGGGUCCCGGAGCAGCGCCACAUGGUAAGCCUGAGUGUAGCUCGGGGUUACCACUUGUGCUACACUCGGGAAUACCGCCAGGGAGGCUAUG